AUGAGCUCCUACUCUGACGGCUCGCGGCCGUCAUCACCCGUGUCGCCAGCACGCACCGUACCAGCUCCCACAUCUCCUAGGGUCCACGACUCGGCGCCGCGCACCAGCCAAGACACCGUCCGCACAAAGUACUCGGAUCAUACGCCCGACAUCGUACUGUCCCCAGCGCCAGAACUUGCGCCGGUGCACAAAGAUGCCGCAACAGACGCAGAAACACUGCACAACGGCCGGCACACGCUCGACGAAGACGAGGACGUCUGGGAGGACGAGGAAGACAGCAUACUUAUGGACCAACACGGAAACAUCGUAUACGAAGGUCCCGACUACGAAGACUCGGCUUCAGAAUCCUCCGACGAUCAAGACGCUCAGGAGCUGAGCCACGCAAGGCGCUCCUACCGUCAGGCUACUCAGCAGUACCGUCAGAGCCGGCGUGCACUUUUGCUCUCGGGGCUGUCGUCGUUUGCCUCCUCACCCUCGUCAGACGAUCUCGGCAGCGUAUCCCGCACCGAACAUGCCACCUCAGUCAGCCCGCCCGGCUCCAUAUUCGAGACGUCAGCUAGUCCUCCAGGAUCCAUCUUUGAGACGUCUAGAACAGAUCGCGAGAACUCCUACUACCAGCCUCACACCGCAGAGUCUGUCGACACGGCCGAUGCCGGCGGACGCGCACACUCCAUCCGCUACACCUCCGAACCUCCCUCCGGUGGAGAGCUCGCUGCAAAUGGCGACCCGCAGUCAGAUACAGCCAAGGGCGAAGCCGAUCUUAGGUCGUCCUCGGAAGGCGAAGAAGACACCUUCAUCGACUCGAGAGCGAUCCAGACGCCACGCUUCUCCCUCGCCGAUCCAAUGCAGACAAACGGUCAGCUUCCGGCCUCGCCUAUCAAACGUGAGAGCGGAUGUUUUGAGCGUCCCGCUCUUUCGCCCAGAUCGACCUCGACGCACCACGAUCUUCCAGACGCAUACAUGACGCCCAGACUCAGCUUGGCUCAGCUUCAAGAAGAGCCCAGAAUGACAGCCUCGCCUCUUGCAACAGAGAAGGAACCAGAGUUGAAGAAGGAAUCACAGCCUCAGGCCAACGGCGACGCACACACGGCUCGCGCCGACAACACCCCCUUCAGUCUGUGGGACUACCUCAAGGAGGAGGUGCUCGCCACCGACUUUGAUGCCACGCAGGAGAUGAAGUGGGAACGCGUCACCAACUUCAUCUCCAUCCCCUUCUGGAUGGAGAAGAUCAUCAUGUUUGGAUUCGUCGUCUGUCUCGAUUCGUUCCUGUACACCUUUACCAUCCUGCCGCUGCGCUUCGGUGUGGCUCUGUGGACCUGGCUCACCAACACCACGCGCUGGAUGCUCGGCGGCCAGAAGCGCUACCUGCAUUCGUCGCACAAGUGCGAUCUGCUCAAGAUGCUGCUCAUCGUAUCGAGCUGCGUCAUCCUCUCGCGCAUCACCGACGCUAGCAAGAUGUAUCACUCGGUCCGCGGACAGGACGUCGUCAAGCUCUCGGUCAUCUUCAACGUGCUCGAGAUCGCCGACCGACUGUGCUGCAGUUUCGGCCAGGAUCUGCUCGAUUCGCUCUUCUCGCGCAGUACCCUCGCGCGCCGCAAGAACGGCAAGCAGCCCUACCUUCGCCCCGUCGGCUUCUUUGGGCUCAGCUUGUGCUAUGUGCUCGCGCAUACGCUCGUGCUCUUCUACCAGCUCGUCACGCUCAACGUGGCCAUCAACAGCUACGACAAUGCACUGCUCACACUGCUGCUCUCCAACCAGUUUGUCGAGAUCAAGUCGAGCGUGUUCAAGAAGUUCGAAAAGGAAAAUGUCUUCCAGAUGACGUGCGCCGACAUCGUCGAGCGCUUCCAGCUCACCUUCAUGCUAUCGGCCAUCGGCCUGCGCAAUCUCAUCGAGCUCUCGGGCGGAUCGCUAGAGCCAUCUGCCAGUCCGCUGCCGGCGAGCUUCACGGUUUUCCCAAGUCUCAGCUUGCUCGAGACGGUGCUGACGCCGGUGCUGAUCGUGCUGGCGAGCGAGUGCAUCGUCGACUGGCUCAAGCACGCCUUCAUCACCAAGUUCAACCACAUCCGUCCCGCCGUCUACGGCCGAUUCAUGGACGUGCUCUGUCGAGACCUCGUUGUCGGCGGACCAUCGAUGAGGGAGAACAGCCGAAAGCAUACGUUUGUCGACCAGAGCCCCAUCAUCAGCCGUCGACUCGGCUUCGCUGCUCUGCCGCUAGCAUGCCUGCUGGUGCGGCUGAUUCUGCAGAUCAUCGGCAUGAUCGGCGACACGAGUCACAUUGACGAGUGCAUCGCGCCCGUCAACCCGCGCAUCUCCGAGACGAGCUGGAUCGGCGUCGUAGCGCGAAAGCUCGGCGCGGUGGACAUCAACAACGAGUGGGUGCGUGCACUCGACCUGUUCGUGCGCGGCUCCGCAUGGGCCCUCACCGCCGUGAUUGCGUGGGCGUUCUUGGUGGCGAUCAAGCUGCUGAUCGGCACGAAUCUGGUCAGCUUUGCAUCGCAUCGCUAUGCGAGCAUGCACGAGCGCGAGAACGAAGAAGCGCUCAACUCGCGCGAUCGAGCGCCGAUCGGCACCAACAAGGACGAGAGGAGCUACGACAAGUCGCUCGGCCGCUUCAUCGACAGGCCCGACGACGACGCGGUGCAGAUCAAACUCGACGGCUCGCACGUGCUGCCCGCAGCGAAGGAAAGGGAAAAGUCAAAGGUGGACUCGGCCAAGCCAAAGAAGGAGACUUCGCUCAUGGAGGUCAGUCGGUACAACAUGAUCCGAUCGCGCAUCUGGUGA